GAAACUUGAAGAAUUUCACCAUAGAAGCUUCCAUUUUUCUCUUCUCCAUCUCAAAAAUCAUCAAUGGAGCUCAAGAAAUUCUUGUCAAUUCACAUUCUAUGUGUGUUAAUUUUUGUGGGGUUUCUUUACUAUUUCACAAUUUUCAUUUUUUUGGAUGAUUUGUUGAGCUUACAGAGCUCAGCUGGCAAGUUUCACUCCUUUUUCUUCACUUUCAUGGCUUCUCUCUGUGUGUUCAGUUUCUUUGUUUGUGUUCUCAAAGACCCAGGUGGGGUUCCCUUUUCAUAUCUUCCUGAUGUUGAAGAUCAUGAAGCUUCAGAUCAAGAAUCCAAAAGAUCUGGUUUGCUUAAGAAGAAAUGUGAUAAGUGUUCAGAAUACAAGCCACCCAGGACUCAUCAUUGCCGUAUCUGCCGAAGGUGUAUUUUGAGGAUGGAUCAUCAUUGUGCCUGGAUAAACAAUUGUGUUGGUCACAGGAACUACAAGGCAUUUGUAGCUUUAAUCUUCUAUGCAACUGUUGCUAUAAUCUAUUCCUCGGUUAUAUUGGUGAGCGAUACAAUUCAUAAGGAUUGGAAUUUGGAUGGAGUGAUGCAUCUCAAGCUAUUUUACAUUGCAGCUGGUGUUGUGCUUAUUGGCUUAAGCUUGACACUUGGAACUCUCCUGGGCUGGCAUAUCUACCUUACAAUGCGUAAUAUGACAACUAUAGAGUACUACGAGGGAAAACGAGCAGCAUGGCUGGCAAGUAAAUCUGGGAUGAAUUAUCAUCACCCGUAUGAUGUUGGCGCUUACAAAAAUAUCAGUCUGGUAUUAGGUCCGAAUAUGUUAAAAUGGUUAUGUCCCACCGCGGUGUCCCAUAUAAAAGACGGACUGAGCUUCCCUACUUCACGUGAAUAUUCAUAACGCGCAGCAAGUAUAAAUCUUAGUCCAAGAUCGUUGCUUCAAAACGAAGGUAACUAACAACAACGAUACAGAUAUCAUUUCUAUAACUUCAAGACAAUAUGCAGUUGCCUUCGACACACAGUAAUCAGGUCGGAGAUUUUCCCAUGGCAUAUCCGUCUACUGCUACAUCAUUCGAAACUCUCAGUAUAUGUUUGUUUGUCGCGCAAGAAGCGAGAUUGUUGUACAUGAAUCAUGAUCAUAUUGUUAGUAUAGUUUUAUACUUCAUCACUUGUAUUCUUUUGGUGAAACUACCCUCUGUAAUAUGUUGAAAGAAUUGAAGAGGAAGGGAAGGAGUUGAUGUUGCAGCAGAAGUGUUUUUUAGUAUCGUUAGAGAUUUAUAUGUCAGUAGAAAAUAUAGAGAACUUUACGAGAAUCGGAUUUAAAUGGAGAUAGUAUUUGGACAA